AUGGUACAGCUACGAGCGCUGUUUUUCGCGCUGCUGCUGUCUUGCGCUCUGCGCGGCAGCUCGGCAUCAGGACGCCGGCUGGCGGGGCUGUUCGAUUGGUUUGGGGAGGACCAGGAGCAGCCCGUUGCGGCCACGGACCCCUCCUACGUUAGGCCCAUACAAACCUACAACCCCAUGACUGCCACCACGGCCUACGCACUUCAGUACGUGCUUUCCGGGCAGUCGGGCAAGGUGCCCAACCAAACGGUGCAGCUCACCAACGGCGCCGUGCAGCUGUUCAGCCCGUGGGAGGGCGACCUGGUGCUCGUCUUUUCCACGAGCAGCGGCGCCAAGGCGGAGGCCGCCACGGGAGGCAAGCGCGUGCCCUUCCUCCAGCCCUUUGUAUACACCGCCGAGGGUCCUGCGCCGGUGGUGGACGCCUUCUCCUCCCUCCUCUCCCCCACCGGCGCCACCAAGGGGGAGGGCCCGCUGGCGGAUGCGGUGGGGGCGGUGAGCGGCGGCCGAGAGCUGCACCGCAUUGUGUGCACGGGCGCAGACCCGGGGGGCGCGGAACUGGCAGCGCUGUGCGGCCCCUGGGCGGCGCUGCGCUACCCGACCGCCAACGCUGACGUCAUCACCUUUGGGGAUUCAUGGAGCCCCGCCUACAACCCGCCGUUCUCCUGGGCCUUCCAGCAGCUGGUCACCCUGCACUACCUGUGGCCCUUCGACCUGGCAGCCAUCCAGCCCAAUGCAACCGCCGCAGACCCACUGCUGGCGAUGGCCGAGGCUGUGAACCCUUUCAUCAAUGCCGAGACAGUCGCCCAGGCGGUGGCAGUGCCCAGCCUGCCUUCCUGGGUGCCCAAGGCGUACGAAGGCUGGGACCCCGAGGACGCUCUGGGGGAGCUGGGGCCGGCUGUGAACCUGCCAGAGGAGUACCAGCUGCCUGAGAGCGAGUGCCCUCCCAUCCUUUGCAAGACGCGGGAGGCCCUGGCGCUCAGCUGCCUGGGCUUUGGCAAGGACGCAGACUAUGGGACUGACGUGUUUGAGGACAUGCCACACAUCAUGAUGAAAGAUCCCGAGACAGACGGCGAUGCCGUGGUGGCAUGGAACGAGAGCAGCGCCACUCUGUACCUGCUGUUCAAGUACACCGAGGAAAGUGAGGAUUGGCUGAUUGAUGCCCAGGCCACACAGAGCGAGGACUUCACCACCGCCAUUGCGCCCUUCUCCCAGGCCCCGCCGGGAGACCGCCUCUCCGAUGUGGUGCCCGACGUCGAGGUGCACAGCGGCUUCUGGCGCCAGUUCUCCAGCCUGGCCGUGACGCCCGUGGAGGAGGGCGCCAAGUCGUGCCUGCUGGGCGUGCCCAUGUCUGCCCUGCUGGAUGCGGUGUGCAACCUGACGGGCGGCACCACCCCGCUGCGCGUCGUCAGCAGCGGCUUCAGCCUGGGGGCGGCGCUGUCGGAGCUGGGCGGCGUGUGGGCGGCGCAGCUGUGGCCGGGCGCGGAUGUGACGGUGGCCAACCAGGGCGGGCCGAUCGUGGGGGACGAGAAUUUCGUGAUCCUUGCCCAGGCCACCUUUGGUCGAGCCUACAAGUAUGUGUACCGUCUGGAUGAGGUGCCCUCCAUCCCGCCCCUCCCCGACUACCACCAGAGCCGCAGCAGCAUCUGGAUUGUGGAGGAUGCAGAUGGGAACACAAACGUGAUGCUGCAGUUGUUGAACGCCACACGCGUGGUCGUGCCCGCAUGGGUGUUCAAUGCUACCGUCGCCAAGUAA